AUGUUCGUCCUUGUCAAGCGUCUCGUUCGCUACGUCACCGGCGAUGAGCAGCCUGGGCAGAACGACCACCUACCUUUUUUGAACCCCCGUGAAUAUCAAGCCUGGUGCGAUGAUCCGGAUGAGCGAACGAGAUGGGAAGGUACCGACGAUGACCGCCGCAAUGCUGCGCUUCGUGGCAACCACAGAGGCAACCGAGAACACAGCCAUGGACAGGGACAUACCGGUUCGAAACCCCAGGAACAGCACUGGCUGCAGCCUGACAAAGGACGCCCGCUACCUUCGCCAAACCAGACCUCUCCGUCUCACAAAGGCAAUAUGCACGCAUACCAUCAUGCAGACUUCGCUGACAGAGAUCAUAUGCGCAUGCCACCACCUUCUGGCCGCAGUCAAGCCCCAAGCAUGCGCCGUUUCAUUCGACCGUCUACCAACAACAGCGAAGCGGAUGCACGCACCAUAAUCACCGGUGCCUCUCGUGCCUCGAAACUUGUCGGCUUGCAAGAUGCCGAACAGAUGGAGCGUGCCCGUCGUCAUGCAGAAGCCUUCAGAAUUCACCCCGACUCCGGCUUUUGGUACCAAUCCGAGGCAGGGCUGUACUACCAUCUCGGUCUUCGAGGUACAGAGCCUCUACUGCCAGCCGCCUGGAUGGUUGACUUCAAAACCUUCCCACUGAUUCUCUUUCAUGGCGAUCUUGAAGAUGUGCCUCUGAUCACGAACAUGUUCUCUCCCCAAUUUCAUGCCAUUCGUGCCCUUCGCGAACUGAUCGAGGUCGGCCACAAAGUUCGCGACCAGAUACAGGCGAGACAGAAGACUAUUAGGAUCCAGUACACCAUUCAAAAGGGCCUCGAAGACUACAUCUCCUGGUCGUUGACCGACGCAGACCUCUACCACACCAACCGAACCACACCUAUCCAUCAUAUUGCACAUCGACGUGCCGGCCAAACGACCGUGACCGCCAUUUCCGAGCUAGCUAGUCAUAUGUACAGCUUGUUGGUCUACCACCGACAAUUCUUUCCCUCAACCGAUACGCUCACUCCACCGCCCUCGCCUCGCCAACUCAAGCGCGAGCCCAAGUCUAUAACACCUCACCUACACGCCACAUCCACCUCACCCACCGAGGAGGACCGACAGAUACACGAUGACUCCCCGGGCGCCGACCCGCCUGUCAUCAUCGGCUUCCUCAUCGUCGGCCCUACUGCUAGCAUCUUCACGCUCAAUGCCCGCAAUGCUGAUGCGGCUACCACUACCUCGGACCCAACGUGCGGUAUUCACUUGCUUGGACGCUUCACCUUUACAGAAGCAGGCAUGGACGUUUGGAAUGCCUUGGCCCUUGCUAUUGGCGCAUGCCACCUGAGGACAGCGCUCUUGACUCAAGCAAGUCCGGAUGUGGAUGACAUUGGUGCUGAUGGGGGUGUGGAUCAGCGACUGAUGGAAGAGAUGCGGAACAAGCAACAGGAACCGAAUUCGAGGAUGUGUCAUGGUAGGGUGGCGGGAUAUGUGAGCAGAAGCGAGUCCGAGGAGAUCAGGAAGCGGAAGAGGAAUGAGGUUGAGGACGAGACCGACCAUUUUGAACCGCACAGCGAGAGAGAUGUGAAGGGCAAGUGCCCCGUAAGACCAAACGUUGAUGUCGGUGCCAGGAGGAGGAGAGCUACAAGGGAGGACGACAGUGACCCUGAUCGUUGA